AUGAAGGAGAAAUUGUUUACGAAGAUUAAGAAAACAACAAAGGCAGUGUUUCCAAGGAGCUCACGUUUAUCGACACUUUCAUCAGAGGAUGUGUUAUCAAUUGUUUAUAAUGAGUUUGAAAGCACUUUGAGCUGUGAUGAUAUUGUUUGCAAUAAAAACAGUGAUAGUGAUAAAGUUGUAUACAAUUUGGUUUUUUUACAUGGAACUGGAAUGAAUAAAGAGAUUUGGAACUACCAUAUAGAGAAGAUAUUUGAGUAUUGUUUGGUAAAAAAAACAGAGAUUAAUUGGAAACUCGGUAAAGUUAUUAGUGUGGAUAUGGUUAAUCAUUGCGAUUCAUAUUUAUUGAACCGGGAUAAAUUGGGAGUUGAGUAUAAUUGGAUCGAUGGAUCAAAAGACGUUAUUAAGAUAAUGAAGGAAGAAAAGUUGUAUAUGAAGGAAGAAAAGAGGAAACGAGUGAAGAAUAUUUUGAUUGGACAUUCGUUGGGAGGAUUUCAGGUAUUGAUGAUUGGGUUUUUGGAACCAAAUUUAGUUGAUUCAAUAUUAUCUAUUGAUCCAGUUAUUUAUACUGAUGGAAAUAAUGAAAGGACAAUAAAGAGGUUUAGCACCUUAUACUCCAGUAUUCUUAAGAGCGAAUUUAAGAAUCUAAAGGAAUGCAAGGAAUAUUUUUACAAAAAAUCAAUUUUCAAAGAUUUUCAUCCAAGAAUUCUCGAGGAUUAUAUGAAAUCGGAAAUCAAUUAUGUGGAGAAGAAUGGAGAAAGAAGAAUCGAAUUGAAAAGUAAUGUGAAACAACAAAUGGCUACAUAUAUGUCGGUCUUUAAGGUUAUCAAGACUGGGAUGAGGAUUUUAGAGUUAAUAUCCAAGGAAAUCGAGGUUGUGCACAUAAUUGGAACCAAAGCGAGGUGGAACGACCAAAGGGCCUACAAAUACAUCAGAGAGAAGAUACAAAACUGCCAAAAAGUUGACAUCGAAAACGCCAAACACCUUUUGAACUGUGAGGAGCCAGAUCGCAUGGUGACGCUUAUCGUGCAGCAAUUGCACCGCCGGGCGCAGGAGAAACAGACCCAGAGACGCGGGUCGGACUCAGAAACGAGGGCAGCUCUCUUUGAAAGCGAGUUCCAAAGGCACAUCGAGGACCGGUUGAGCCGUCGGUCGACAAAGCUCUAG